GGGUUAACCCAUUCAAAAGCUGCAAGAACUGGAAACGGAAGCUAAGCUCUCUGGAAAUUCGGAAAGCAGAAGAUUAGAUCUCCAACUACCCUCCCAAAUAUUUUCCAGGUCUUGACUUCUUCAGUUCUUCAACUAUCAUUCUAUCUUUUGCGAUCUACAAAUAACAUCUUGGAAUGUCCAACCUUUAAUAUCUAUAUUACACCCACCCUUUUUUAGACUUUAGACUAAUCUUAGAUUCAAUUUAUUAGUGAAUUGUUUCAAUUAGACUUUAGGCUUACAAGUGUUCAAGCCUGUUAUUGUUAAUCUGUUGUCAGCAAUGCUGAAUCGUGGAACAAAGUUAAAGGCAUGGCAUGGACAAAAAAAAUACCCGGUUGUGGUCCCAGUUAUGUUUGUGGUAUCAGUCUCAGUAGCAUUAGUGUUCCUUUUCCACAGAAAUGAUGAAAAGCAGAUUCAGGCAUACGGACUGCCACCGGAGAGAAAAUGGAAUAGGUUUGAGUCUUUGGUGCAGUUUAAUCCAAAAAGAGAAUUCCGGAAUGGGACGGAUUUGAUAUGGCAAAUACCCGAUUCGCCUAAGGCUGUUCUUUUUCUAGCUCAUGGAUGUAGUGGUAGAGCUGUUAAUUUUUGGGAUAAGUCUCCUAAAUGUCCUGAAUGUGUUGGUUUGCCUGAGGAAAGGCUGCUUGUGCUUCAUGCUCUUGCUCGUAAAUUUGCUGUCUUGACUAUAUCAAGCGCAGGGAGGUGCUGGGCAUUUGGGGAAGAAAGGUUGAUUGUUGAAGAUAUUAUAACAUGGUGGGUUAAGAGACAUAAACUUGGAAAGCUUCCUCUUGUGGCUUUGGGGGCCUCUUCUGGUGGGUAUUUUGUAUCUGCAAUUGCUAAUGAUUUGAAGUUUAGUAGUAUUACACUUAUGAUUGCUGAAGGAUUAUUUGAUCACAUGGACAUUAGAGAGGACUAUCCACCGACCCUUUUUGUGCACAUGCCAAAAGAUUUACGUAGGCAACAAAAAAUAACUGAAUUCAUUGAAGUUUUGAGAAAUAAAGGGGUUGAUGUUGCAGAGAUUGAAUGCAUGGAGUUGCCUCUGUCACCAACUUUUUUGUCUGAUAGAAUCCCAAGUCUUGAUCAGACUAUUUCUGCUACGUUGUUCAACCUAUUCAGGGAGAAAGGCUUUGUCGACGAGAAUGGGUAUAUGAAACGGGAUGGGCGUGCGACACAUUGGAAAGAUGCUCUCCAGGAUAGCAAGCCUAAUUUGCUAGAAAAGGAUUUGGUGCAUCCCAUUGAGGAGGAGCUAAAUCUUGCAUUUGCCUAUCAUGAAAUGACUAGUUUGCAAUCUGAAGAGAUUUUUAAAUGGUUUGAGUCUCAUAUGGCCUGAACAGUACACAAUUGUGCCACAUUCUCCUUUCUUUCUGUUUGACCAAAGUACUGACUGUCAAAAGUGAUCGUACAUACAACUCUUCGUAACAAUCCCUGAAUUUGAGCUAGACUGAAUUGUUUAUUGCUUGAAGCUUGUCUUCAAACAGCCGAAGACUAGAUGUAAAGUUACUACCUUGAACCAAACUGCAACAUCCACUAUGUAUUAGGUAAAUUUAGCUGUAUGUUGGAAAGAAAACAUUCAAAUUUGAUCACUAUACUAUUAUAUUACAUAUAAUUAUAUAAA